AUGGGCUAUCUCAAACAAAUUGACAUUGAAAACUUCAAGUCAUGGCGAGGGAAGAAAGUAAUCGGUCCUUUUAUGAGAUUUAAUUGUAUAAUCGGGACUAACGGCUCUGGUAAAUCCAACGUGAUGGACGCCAUAAGUUUCGCCCUGGGGGAGCGGGCUGCCUGUCUGCGGGUGAAGCACCUCCGGGACCUGAUCCACGGAGCCCACAUCGGGAGGCCUGUGCGCGACACCGCCAGGGUCUCCUUGCGGUACUGCGAUCAGGAGGACCAGGAGACCGUGUUCUGCAGGAGUAUUUUUGGGGACUCUUCUGAGUAUCGCAUCAAUGGUGUACAUGUCUCGCUGGCCAAAUACUUGGAGGAGCUGCAGAAAAUCGGCAUUGUGACCAAAGCUCGAAACUGUCUGGUGUUCCAGGGGGCAGUGGAGUCCAUCGCUCUGAAGGACCCAAAGGACAGGACCAAGAUGUUCGAGGUCAUCAGUCAGUCUAAAGAGUAUGCUGCAGAGUAUGAUCAGAAGAAAGAGGCGAUGAUGAAGGCCAAAGAGGACACUCAGUUUCACUUCAACAAGAAGAAAUCUGCUAUUGUGGAGAGGAAACAGGUGUCGCAGGAAAAAGUAGAGACAGUCUCUCUGGACGGGACGCUGUUUUCAAAAUCAGGCAUGAUCUCUGGAGGCUCCAGCGACCUGCGGGCCAAAGCUCGUGGCUGGGACGAGAAGGACAUGCUGCGGCUGAAGGAACGCAAGGACCAGCUGACAGCAGAGAUGCGCGAUUUGAUGAAGCUGAAGCGGAAGGACUCAGACCUGAAGGAGGUCGUUGCUCAGGCUCAGGGCGUUCAGACUCGCCUCAAAUACGCCAAAACUGACCUGGAUAUCAUUAGGAAGAAAGACAUCCUUAAAUGCCAAGCGGAGAUUUCUCGUAUGGAGAGUGAGUUAACAAACCUGGACUGUCAGAUCCAAAUGCAGCAGGAGAGCGUGGAGACAAAGGACGCAGAGAAGGGGAAGAUCAGAGAGCGGGUCGACCAGAUGGAGGACUUGGUGUUUUCUGACUUCUGUGCUGAGAUCGGAGUGGACAACAUCAGACAGUACGAGCAGGAGAACCUGAAACAUCAGACCGAGAUCGACAAUAAACGCCUGGAGUUUGAAAGUCAGUGCACUCGCCUGAACGCACAGCUGGAGUACCAACAAGAACAACUGGAGCAGCAGAAGAAUAAGCUCCACAAAAUGGAGGAAACCAUCGACAAGGAGGAGAGAACCAUGGCCGAGCUGAAGAAGGAGGAGGAGAGGCUGCUGGUUGCGGUGGAGCAGAGUCAGAGCAAAGAUCUGGAGUUGAAGAACCAGCUGCUGGCCAAGAAGAGCCAGAUGGCCGCUGCCAAAGCUGAGCUGGACCUGAACACCCAGAGCCUCCAAGGGAUCAACAAAGAGUUGAUGAAGUUCCAGCGCGAGGUGAUGUCUGCAGAGUCGGCUUUGGAGCAGAAACGUUUGUUCCGACACAACAUGCUGGUCGGCUGUAAGAUCCAGGGUCUGCCCAUCGUCCUGCUGUCAGGGAACCUCGACGAGGUCAGCGAGGCGCAGCUGGACACAGAAACUGAAAGCACUUCAACCAUGAACACCACAAGCAUGUAUGAGAGAGAGGCACAGCUGAUCAUCGACUACUCUGGCCUGGACGAAGAUUUUAGGAGUCUAGAGGCGGAGAAGGAGGUGCAGGCGCACAUUGAGAGGCUGAAUGAGUCCAUGUCCUCCAUCGAGGGAGUUCUGCAGCGCACCACCGCCCCCAACCUCAAAGCUCUGGAGAAGAUAAGGGAGGUGAAGGACAAGCUGCAGGGAGUGACCGACGUGUUUGAAGCCAGCACCAGAGUGGCCAGAAAGUGCAGUCAGGAGUUUGAGCAGGUGAAAGCAAAGCGCCUGCAGCACUUCACUCAGUGCUUCGAUCACGUGUCUGUCGUCAUCGAUCAGAUCUAUAAAAGAAUCUGCAGGAACAACAGCGCCCAGGCCAUUCUGAGUGCAGAGACUCCUGAAGAGCCGUACCUCGGCGGCAUCAACUACAACUGCGUGGCUCCGGGGAAACGCUUCAUGUCCAUGGACAACCUGUCGGGUGGAGAGAAGGCCAUCGCUGCCCUCGCCCUGGUGUUCGCUAUCCACAGUUUCCGCCCCGCUCCCUUCUUGAUCUUGGACGAGGUGGAUGCAGCGCUGGACAAUUCAAACAUCGGCAAAGUGACGAGUUUCAUCAGAGAGGAGUCCAGAGAGAACUUGCAGAUCAUCGUCAUCUCCCUGAAGGAGGGGUUCUUCUCCAAGGCUGACACUUUGCACGGAGUCUACUCAGAUUUUGAUGAAUGCAUGUUCAGCGGCAUUCUGACCCUGGACCUGCGUCCCUACAGUCUGGUGGAAGAUGGAAAUUAGGCAGAAAAGUAGAAGAACCUGAAUGAAGCCCUGGCAUUUUUGUCUCUUACAAUUAUGCUUUCUCAUGUUUAAACAAGUUACCUUCAAGUUAAAUAUAUUAUAGAUCAAAGGAGGAUUUCUAUGUUCAAUUUUAGCCUGUUUUACUAGGUUGAUUUUUACUAAAAAUAUGUUUGUUAGUGAGUCUGUUCUAUGUUAAUAUAAAAAGAAUCUUACACAUUUUGUCAAUAACAAAUCUAAAUGCAGCAUUUCUGCUCUUACGAGUUACAACAUUCAAUUGGUUGAAUUGCAAAAACACCAGCGUUAAAAUUUUAAUAUGUUCAUGUUUUAAAAAGUGUUGUGGCUGUUGUUUAUAUAUACAGAAAGUUUCAUGUUAUUCCACUGUGAUUAAUGUUGGCAUGUUAGGCCUUUGUUUUUUAUACGUGUUCAUUUUAAAUGUUUUGUAUUC